UAAACAUUGUCACUAACAUGGAGCCUGCUACUUAACAGAAGCUUAAUAAGUAUUUGCUGAAUUCUUGACUAAGAGUUUACGAGAGGCUCUUCAUCAAAAGUAACUUGCUGGAUGCUCUGGCAGGUGGCGUAGAUGGAUGAAGAGAGAUAAGCUUUGUUCUGGACAGCUCACUCGCAGUCACAAAAGUAAGACAUGCACCCUGAAUAUUACAGAACUAAACUGUCUUAGGACUUGAGGACAGGUAUCUUUUAUUAUGUGAGAAUACAUGACCUUAUCAGUAAGGUUCAAUGGCACAGAUCACGUUUACAGCUGUUGUCAUAAAAUAACCGAUAUUGGAAGAAAGCAAAGGUUUGAAGAAAUUCAAUACUCAGGGGUAAAGUGUAAAAUGUUCUAAUAUUUUGGAGUAUUAUGCCUGCAGAAGUGGCCUCCAUGAAAAGAAUGAGGAAAUUUUUAGCCUUGCCAAACAUUUUUAAAAAUUACUUUAAAGUACUCUGUAGAACAAAGAUUAUAGACAUGUUUGGGCUAGCCUGAGACCUUUUAUGAGAUUAUUGGACCAGGUAGAUUUUUCCUGUCUGUCUUCCAGUACUAUUUCCUCUGCUCUAUCCAAGUGGUGGGGUUGUGGCAUUAAGCAUGUGCUGGGCAGAAAGGCUAGACAGGCCGUGCAUUCCCAGAGGAGUCAGGUGAUCACUGUCUGAGGCAGCUGCUUGAGGUUCAAGGCAGUCAGUGUCCCUCUCUUCUGCCUUGGGCGGCUGUUAUUCACUGGACUCCUUAAGGAGAGAGUAUGUGGUGCGCUUUUGGCUGAUCCAAUGGGAAUCACAUUGAUCUGGUGUCUGGCUUUGGUUCUGAUCAAGUGGAUAACCUCUAAGAGACGUGGAGCUAUUUCCUAUGACAGUUCUGAUCAGACUGCGUUAUAUAUUCGUAUGCUAGGAGAUGUCCGAGUGAGGAGCCGAGCAGGAUUUGAGACAGAAAGAAGAGGUUCCCACCCGUACAUUGACUUCCGUAUUUUUCAUGCUCAGUCUGAAAUUGAAGCGUCUGUCUCUGCCAGAAACAUCAGAAGGCUGCUCAGUUUCCAGCGGUAUCUCAGAUCCUCACGAUUUUUUCGGGGUGCCACAGUUUGUAGAUCUCUAAACAUUUUAGAUGAGGAUUACAAUGGACAAGCCAAGUGUAUGCUGGAAAAAGUUGGAAAUUGGAAUUUUGAUAUCUUUCUGUUUGAUAGACUAACAAAUGGAAAUAGUCUAGUAAGCUUAACCUUUCAUUUAUUUAGUCUUCAUGGAUUGAUUGAGUACUUCCAUUUAGAUAUGGUGAAACUCCGUCGAUUUUUAGUUAUGAUUCAAGAGGAUUACCACAGUCAAAAUCCUUACCACAAUGCAGUCCAUGCUGCAGAUGUUACCCAGGCCAUGCACUGUUACUUAAAGGAACCUAAGCUUGCCAAUUCUGUAACUCCUUGGGAUAUCUUGCUGAGCUUAAUUGCAGCUGCCACUCAUGAUCUGGAUCACCCAGGUGUUAAUCAGCCGUUUCUUAUUAAAACCAACCAUUACUUGGCAACUUUAUACAAGAAUACCUCAGUCCUGGAGAAUCACCACUGGAGAUCUGCCGUGGGCUUGUUGAGAGAAUCUGGUCUGUUCUCACACUUGCCAUUGGAAAGCAGGCAUGAGAUGGAGGCUCAGAUAGGUGCUUUGAUACUAGCCACGGACAUCAGUCGCCAGAAUGAGUACCUGUCAUUGUUUAGAUCUCACUUGGAUAAAGGUGACUUACACCUUGAUGAUGGCAGACAUAGGCAUUUGGUUCUACAGAUGGCCUUGAAAUGUGCUGAUAUUUGUAACCCAUGUCGGAACUGGGAAUUAAGCAAGCAGUGGAGUGAAAAAGUAACGGAGGAAUUCUUCCACCAAGGCGAUAUAGAAAAAAAGUACCAUUUGGGUGUGAGUCCACUUUGUGAUCGUCAGACUGAGUCUAUUGCCAACAUCCAGAUUGGUUUUAUGACUUACCUAGUGGAGCCUUUAUUUACAGAGUGGGCCAGGUUUUCAGACACGAGGCUGUCACAGACGAUGCUGGGACACGUGGGGCUGAAUAAAGCCAGCUGGAAGGGACUACAAAGACAACAGCCUAGCAGCGAGGAUGCCAGUGCUGCAUUUGAGUUGAACUCACAGCUAUUAACUCAGGAAAAUCGGUUAUCAUAACCCUGAACCAGUGGGACAACUUCCCUCCUGCAAGAUUGUGGAAAUGUGAAAUGGUCUUGAGUUGAAGAACUGGUUCUGACUGCUGAGGUUUCCAAGGAAAUGAUGUCAGCGUUAUUCAUCAUUAUCGUUAUCUUCUGUUGGAUCAUUUGAGCCCACUUUUUAAUAGGACAUGAAUAUAUAGCAAUAUGCAUCUGGCUUUUGUAUGAAACCUUAAGUAUGUAAAGCUCAGCAGGAGAACCAGAAAGGAUUAACAAAGGAAGAUGUUUUUAGGUGUGCCAUGUGCUUUCAAAGUGUGUAUUCUUCAAGCCCUGAAACUUGAACUCAACCUCAGCAUCAAUCUUGAUGCAACCAGUCCAAUCCAACAGCGCAUCUGUCCCUUCCACUACAUACUCUGAGAAAACAGAAAUGUGAAGUGCCCAGCCUCUGCUGCCUCUGGCAAGAAUCAAUCAAUGUUUACAAAUCCAAUCUGAAAUAUUGGUUCUAAUUGCCUCGAGCAUUAUUGUGAAGGAACCACUGACCGUUCUCAGCUGAGCUGGAGACUGCAGCUCUUCGCAGCGUUUGCCUUUUCUUCUUUGGAUGUCAAUGUCAUCAACGCCUCCCACUUGCUGUUUUGUUCUGUGCACUGGAGUCUGAGCAUUUACCACAGAUACCACACGAAGCUUUUUCACUCCAGGGCUGUUUGGCAAUGCAGAUUCCUUUUGUAACUAUUAGUUUUUAACUUGGGGUGGGAGGGAAGGAACACCAAUGUCCUAGCUGUGUUCUGACUCUGCAGUGAAGACACUGCAUGUUGUUUUCACUACUGUACACUUGACCUGCACAUGCAAGAAAAAGGUGGAAUGUUUAACAUACCAUAUCAGCUCAGGGUAUUUGCCAAUCAGAAAUAAAGUGGGAUAGGGAAGUGUGUCUUUCAAAUCAAGGGUACUAAAGUCCCUUCCGCUGCAGUGCGUGAGAGGUAUGUUGUGUAUGGCUGUAUGGGUGUGUGUUUGUGCGCAUGUUUGUGCAUGUAUGGCUGUGCAUGUUCUGUCCAUCCGUGUGGGAAAGGAUUAGAAUUGUAAGCUUUUAUUUAUUGUUUUAGAAUGUGACAUAGUGAGCAGCCACACUUGGGGGAGGGGAAGGUAGGUGAAGCUGUAAGAUUGCUCCAGAUGCCUUAAACUAUGCACAAAGCUAAGUGACCAAACUUCUCAUUUUGAUUUGAAAAGUGCAUUGUUUUCUUGUCCCCCCCUCCUCCACUUUGAUGAAAUGUUACCCUUUGGUGGAUCUUUUGAUGUGAAUAGAUGUUUUCUAGGGUAAAAUUUAAGGACUAAUUUUAGACUUAAACACUCCACUUUUGUAAUGUGUUUUCAGUGGUCUUAUGCAUAGCAAGCACAACUGUAACUAGUUUAAGAGAAACGGUGCUUUCUUUUAGUUAAUUUGUAUUGCCCUUGUUACUGUUAAAGACUGUUUAUUAUGUUUACAGUUUGUUGCAACAGCCAUCUUCUUGGGAGAAAACUUGAGUGUAAAGCCAUUUGUAAAAGGCUUUGCCACACUCAUUUAAACAUGUGCCUGUUGCUGUUACCUUUCGAUGAAUAAAAACUGGUCUUUUCUCAUUUUUUAUCUUUGCACUUUACCUCACCACUCAAUCCUUUGGAAUUCACAUGCUGAAUUACUUAAGUGAUCAGUUAGCUGUUUCCUCUUCCAUUCAGUCGUGGGUAACCUUGUGGUCUAAGCUAUGUGCAGACUGUCUUCUGGAAGUGUAUGAAUGAGCCUUGCUCUGCACCCUGCAGGUGUGACAAGGCCUGGCCCAGUUUGAUCAAGUCUUGCCUGCUGUAGAUGGUUCUUCAUAGCAUUUGUUGGGAAUUGCCUAAGAAAUCACACCCUUGAAGGGGAUAAAAAAUACCAGUUGUGUUUAUAUUCUUGGCCUUUUUAAAGCAAUGUAAGAAAUAGCCACUUAAUUCUUUUUUGGGGACAGGGUCCUAGGCUCAGAUAGCCUGGUAACAAUAUAGACAGGCUGGCCUCAACUCACAGACACCUCCUUGCUUUUGGGUAUUAGUAUUAAAGGUGUAUGCCACCAUCCCCAAUUAAGAGUGGCCUUUCUACCCUCCCAGACAGAUCUAAUGCAUUAGAAGGGAUACAGUUCAGAUUUUAAGAUCAGG